AUGACAGAUACCUCCCCUGUCGUCAUCACGCAUCCAGCCACGGAGCCUUAUCCGGUCACCGUCUCUCUGAAUUCGCCUGCCGUCAACGGCGCCGUUUCCGACUCCGCUGCCCCUGAAGAAGAGGAACCGUAUACCAUCAAAUGCAUCUGUGCAUUCGAAGAUGACGAUGGGAACACGGUCUUCUGCGAAGGGUGCGAGACGUGGCAACAUAUUGAGUGCUACUAUCAUGGUCGGGACGUACCAGAGGUCCACAAUUGCGUCGAUUGUGAGCCCCGCCCCUUGGAUGGCAGGCGUGCAACUGAGCGGCAGAGACGCCUCAGGGAACAGAGCGAUGGCGGUGACCGGAAAGCUAAACGAUCAGGGACAAAGAGUCAGAAGAAAAAGACUAAAGAUGGAGAACAAGUAAACGGCACCCACAAUCGAUCCGAGUCCAGCACUCGCGACCAGCCUCCGGCGAAGAAGGCUAAAACCAAUCAUCGUGCCUCUGGGUCUGUCGGCUCCUUGGCGGGCGUGCCCUCUCUUCCUCCCGAUUCGCGUAAACGUACCACGACAUCAUUGAGUCCCACGAAACCAUCAGGCCCUUCUAUUCCCCUAUAUUCGAAUGAAUUUCUCCAUCUCUAUGACCAAGACAACCAUCAUGUCGACACAGAUAGUAAUCUGUUUGUUAAUCUUGAACUUGCCACGCAUUUAGCGACAUGGGUAAACGAGCCGGGCGCACUUGCUCGCGCUUCUAAUGGGCGCUCUGCGCAGGAUGUUUUCACCUGGUCGGGCGGGGCGCUGGACAGGUCCCAUUGGCCAUCUCUCGCAACAGAGACCAUCAGAGAUGCGAACGUUGACAUUGACGGGAUUCACCCAACCUGGAAGAUCCUCAAGACACGGGAUCCCGUCAGAAAGGACGAAAUUGUAGGAGAGAUCACUGGCAAAAUUGGACCGCUCUGGAAAUACUGCGUUGAAGCCAGUAACCGCUGGCAAGAGCUUCGUCAUCCAGAACCUUUCGUUUUCUUCCACCCUCAACUGCCUCUGUAUAUCGAUAGUCGCCAUGAGGGAAACAUACUCCGCUAUGCGCGACGGUCCUGUCGUCCCAAUGUCACCAUCAGAACCUUCAUCACCAAUGAAGUGGAGUACCACUUUUGCUUUGUUGCUAAAGAAGACAUAGCGGCCGAUUCAGAGAUUACCGCCAUGUGGUAUCUAGACCCACAACUGUUCGAAUCGACCAAUGGUGUUGUCAAGCAGGAGUUCAGUGACAACGCACAGGAUGUGGCAGCUAUGUGCAUCAGCAAUGUGCUAUCUCACUUUGGCGGCUGUGCCUGCGUCGCUCCACCCAAUUGCCUGUUGGCUAAUGUAGAUCGUCGUCGACAUCCGAAAGCAUUGGAUACCAACUCGAAGCAAACGAGUUCAAAGCGGAAGAAAACCAAAAGCAAAUCGAACAUCUCACCCCCGGCGUCCAAUAGCCGUGCUGGCAGUGAGGCUACUAAAAACUUGGAAGAGGACGAUCAAACGGAUACACUUUCCACGUCAGGCUCUGCACGAGGCCAGACCCGUAGUCGCGAUCUCACGCCUACAUUGCAAACCUCUACUGAAGGGGUCGUAUUCGGCGAAGCCGAGCUCUCAGCUCGAGAUAAACGGAAAAUCGCUGCAGUGGAGAAGAAAUUCCAGCAAUUGGAACAGGACCAACAAGCUUCGCACCGAAGAAAGAAGCGAGCCAGCGGCCAGUCCACGCAGACGACACCGGUCAUCGGGAGUGCGUCGGCUCAGGCAAGCUACUUCACACAUCUAAGCGGUCGUGAUCGCCAGUCUCACUCGCCUACAUCAGCCAUUUCCCCGGGAUCUUUACCUGGAGGACGCCAUGGCUCUCCGCGAAAGGCAUCGAAUCAUGGGACCCCUUCGCUGCGGUCUCGGCUUGGGCGUCCUCAGUACGUUGACUCAGCAACGCAGACGGAACUCGAUGUUUGUGAUAGCCCCUCACCGUCCACUACUCCAUCUCGUCGACCCAAUUUCGUCCCAUUCACCCAGCGGCUGCUGAAGCGAUGCUAUGCGGACCGUAUACGACUGGAAAAAUCCAGUCAACAAUUCUUCGUGUCGCCCUCAUCGCAGUCCAAGCAUGCCACACAUCUGAUGUCCCCUGUGUCAAGUCCACGCGCAGGGCCACUCACAGUUACCACACCGAGCGUGACGGGUGACCGGGAUGACAUGGAAAUGAAGGAUGCCGUGUCCCCAAUGGGUACUCCAGGAUGGCAACAAGAAACCUCGCCAUUAUCAGGACGAAGUUCUAUUAAACCUCCACUGCCACCACCGUGGCCAUCCACUGCUGCUCAUAACUCGCGAAUACCGGGAGGCAAAGGAAACAGUCAUCGUGUUGAUCUUCGCGUUUCACUUCCUGCUACUAUUCCUUCACUACCUCCUGCCAACAGUCCAGGGUCCGGUGCACCAGCUGUGAUAUCGUCACCAUCUACCUCAGACACAGCAAUCCCCGGGUCUAGCGUGACUGCACCUAGCCCGGUGAAGAAAAAGCUUAGCUUGGGGGACUAUCUCAUCCGGAGAGGCACUCUCACUACUCCCACCUCCGAAAAGUCCCAAACUCAGGCCACUCCGAUGCCUCCGCCCAAAUCACCCACAACGCAACCCCACAUGAACCGCGAGUUAUCCACAGUUGGUAACAACGAACAUGCACAACCCCGGGCCAUCGGAGAAGGCGGAAGUACUAAGUCCUCGGAUGUCCCGAUGAAGGAUGUCUCUGGGCCGACACAGGCUUCCCAGCUAUCCUCGCUUUCCUGA